CGCAACGCCCCAAAACAGAAGAGUCACCACCGUCGCGAAGAUAAAACUAAACCAACGGAUCCUCGCUUCAAAAUAAAACGGAGAUAAGCCAGCCGACAUCACCGAAAGAUCUGGUGUGUCGCCAGAGACGGUAGCCGACUGAUUCACCGAAGAGGCAAGUGAAACACCGGAAACAAAAGCCAGCCAUGAGAUGCUGAAGAAGCCACCUAUGCUGGAACCAUUCCCAAACGGGAAUCAUCUCACCGGAAAGAAGACCGGCGAGCCUACAGACUCUCAUCACAAACUCUCUGUGAAAAGUAUGAAAGAGAGAACAGAGAGAGGAGAGCCGUCUGGAGUUUUUAGACGUGGGCUUCGGUUUCUUUUCCUUUUCCCUCUCUCUCUCUCUCAACCUUUUUCUUUUUGGUUUCAUGGAAAAUCUCGAGUGUUUGCCUUGUUGCUAGAUAAGUUUUAUAGACCUCUUUUUUAAAGAAAAGAGUUAAUAAGGAAAAAACUUACGUCGAAAGUUGAACUCAGAUUUUGUUUUGCUCCAAGCAGUUAACUGGAUUCACCGAAUGAAAUUAUGGAUAUGCUACUAUAUAUUCGCAAAACGUGAUAUUGUAAGUUUGCCAUAUACAGUAUAUAUUAAACUAUUAAAUUGCGUACAAGUUAACGAUCUAUUUAUCAUCAUCAUGUCAUGGUAUACAGUCGUGCUACAUUAUUUCUUUUGUUAGUAUAUAGUAAGAGGAAUCCAAAUCGAACUCCAAAGUUUCACAUAACAUGACGAAACGUAAAAAAUCUAUUUUAGUCGGUGUUUUACUUCAUUUAUAUGUAGUUUCGUUCGAUACACUUUAGUAGAAAUUGACAAAUCAUACGAAAAUUCUAAAGCUAGUCAUAAAAAUAUAUAAAAGACAAGUCAGAAAACCCCAUUCCAAAGAAACAUAAAAUGGAAAGUUCUGAGCGAAAACGAUGUCGUUCUACCGUAGUCGAAACCAUCGAAGCACCACUAUCACUAGUGUGGUCAAUAUUACGUCGUUUCGACAGACCCCAAGCUUACAAACGCUUCGUUAAGAGUUGCACCAUUCGCUUUAACGGCGAUGGUGACGGAGGAGAAGGCUCCGUUCGGGACGUGGCGUUAGUCUCCGGCGUUCCAGGUAAUUUCAGCACGGAGAGACUCGACGAGCUAGACGACGAGUCUUACGUGAUGGUAGUAAGUAUCAUUGGUGGUAACCAUAGGCUUGUAAAUUUCACAUCGAAGACAAUGGUGGUUGCGUCGCCUGAUGAUGAGGCGGACAAGACGGUGGUGGUGGAAAGUUACAUAGUGGAUGUGCCGGAAGGAAAUAGCGAAGAAGAUACAAUAUUGCUUGUUGAUACCAUUAUUAGGUAUAAUCUCGUAUCACUUGCUAAGCUUACGAAGAAGAAGAUGGGACAAUCUACUUCUGUUUAAUUAUAGACAUAGUUAUCUUUGGUUUUAUAGUUAAAGAUAUAUAUAAAGUUGUAUAAAUCGUUGGUUUAGUAGCCCUGUGUUAGUAAAACAUGUCUUUGGUUUCUUGCGAACGUUUAUAGUCAUAGAGUAUGUUUCUUGUGCUAUUAGAAAUAUAUAAAACCUAUGUAAGAAAUAUAAAUAAUGCUAUUGAAGAGUUGCUUCAAUUAGUGAUCUUUGAAAUAACGGAACGAAAGCUCGAGAAAUCACGAAUCCAUUGUCUUUCUACUAAACCGUAUGAGUCGUGGCUUUUAGAUUUGAUACCUGUGUUUGAAAAACAAGGUACGUUUCAAGAUUGAACUAAUUUUUGUUUGUUAACUCUGUGUUUUAAUUGUAUUAUGAAUUAUUAUGUUAUAAACUCUACUUAGUGAGUAGUACCAGAUCUUUUAGAACAUUCUCAUCUCUGUUUCUUAUUUCUCUUUUUUCUUUUAAUUCAAGAAGUUCUUGACUUAAAAAACUCAUAAUCUCUUUAGACCAUAAACAACCAAUCAAUUAAUAAAUCUCUUUCAUGAAGCUGUUGAAACUCGAACCUGACACCUCUAUUGGUAAGGGAUACAUUUUUAUCAAUAGAGCUUAUCAAUAGAGACGAACAGUUUUGGAUAUCGCAAGAAAUUUAAAUGAAAUUUUUCAAAAAAUUAUAUUAAAAUAUUAAUAAUAUAAAAAAUAAAUAUUUCAAAAUUUAAAUAUUUACGUAAUAGUAUUUCAAACUGAGUACCUCAAUUUUUUGUUUUAAAAUAUUUAUUAAUUAUAAUAUUAACACUACAAGAAAACAGCGGUAUUCU